UGUUUAGUACUGAUUCAGAACUUCUGAGGGCACUCUCUCUAUGAUACUUUCUUGCAGUUCUGGUAUGGGCAGGAAAACUAGCGGAGUUGAGUACCAUGUGGGUGUUGAUGACAUACUUAACAGACAUGUGGAAGCUUGACAUUACCCAUGCAGCAGCGAUUGUAAAUUUGUUUGCCGGUGCAGCCACCAUACUGCCUGUAGGGAUUGCGUUUCUUGUAGAUGCUUUUGUGGGUGAUUAUUGCUGUCUCUUGGUAUCCAGCCUUGCUUUCAGCUUUGGGUUGGCCAUCAUGACAGUAUCAACAUUAACCAGUAAAGGUGAUACCCAGAAGUUUCUCAUGUUCUACAUAGCAUUAACCCUCAAUGCCAUUGGGGUAUCUGGUCAUAGCGUAUCCUUGGCUUCCUUCCUGGAGAGACAAGUUCAAAUCCAAACACUAAGUAACCAAGAUGAUAUAGAGAGGAAAAGGCCACGGAAAUUCAAAAGCUUCUUGAAAGGUGACAUCAUUGUGGUUGUUCUUCUCUACGUUGCCGCUGUUGCACUUUCAUAUGCGCCAUGGUGUGUCCGGUUUGGAAUACCGGCAGCAGGGUUGAUGGUGGCAACUCUUUUGUUCGUGAGUGGCUCAUGUUCAUACAAACAUGCUAGACCGCUUGGGAGGAGUCCUCUCACGACUGUUUGUAGAGUCUUGGUAGCCUCUCUUUAUAAGAGAUCUUGUCACAGCCCUCAGGAUGCCAAUCAACUCUAUGAAAAUCAACUCAGUCCUCACUUUGUCCCCCAUACUCAGGGCCUUAGGUUCCUUGACAAGGCUGCCAUUAUAGUCCCAACUCAAACUCUAGGCCAACAAGAACAAAACGGGUGGGAACUUUGCAGGGUAACAGAAGUAGAGGAAGUAAAACUCUUAAUCCGAAUGAUACCUCUGUGGAUGACCUUCAUCAUGAGUGGCGUCGUGAAAUCCAUAGGAGACACGUAUUUUUCAGAACAAGCAAAUAAUAUGGAUGACAAGAUUGGAAAACUUACUGUCCCAGGUCUAUUUAUAUUACAGGCCUUUUAUCAGGUUUCAAAAUUCGUAUUCACUGAACUAUCUUCCAAAGUAGCUAAUAAGUUGUUUCAGAAGAGUUCAGGCAGAUGUGUAGGCCCCAUUGGAGUCAUAUCAGCAAUGGUAUUUUCUAUCCUAUGUUGUAUCAUAGCUGCAAAAGUGGAGACAAGGAGGCUAAACGUGACAAAGAGUGUUGGGUUAGUUGAGAAACCUAGUGAGAUAAUCCCAAUGAGCAUGUUCUGGCUUCUUCCACAGUUUUUCUUUCUUGCUGCCGUUGAUGGAACAUCUGAGUACCUUUGUGAGGACCUUGAUGAAGUCUCUGGUUACUGCAUUGCUCGCUUCUAUAGAGGUCAGGUUCCUACCUCCACAAUGAUCCGCUACUUGAGACUUUUCACCAAAGCUGUAUGCGGAGCAGGAAUUGUGGGCAGUGUCAUUUUAGCUGAUGAGGUUAGUUCGUUCAGCAAAAUGGGAGGCAGACCAAGUUGGUUUCAAGACACACUAAAUAGAAGUCGUCUAGAUAACUACUACUGGACAGUGGCAGUGUUGAGUUUCAUAAAUCUUGUCUUGUGCAUCUUGGUGGCAAUUUGGUACACCUGUCAACACCUUAUAUUGAUGAUGUGUGAUGUUGUUGUUGCCGUUAAGAGAGUAGUCCUCUAUUUUUAUGCUCCUGUUGUUUCUAGGCUAUGA